CGGCUGAAGCGUCGAAUGACAGAGCCAGCAGAGGGCAGUGCUAUACUAAACCGGAAAGUUACAUUCCCCCUCCCCCGUCGACACUAUCACAACAAAAAGGACGAUAAACAUUCAACGUCGACAUGGCGAAAACGACGGAAAAAUCUACACGAAGCAAAACAAACAAAUGGAAAAAUGAAAAAUCCAAAGUUCGGCGAUCGAAAAGAACAUUGGAAAUAAAAUCACAGAGUAGCAGUGGGUUUCAGUCCAAGCUGCUUCUCUCUAAGAAACGCAUAUCACCUCGUCACACUAAGAAACCCCCAGUAGCAGCAGCAACAGCAGCUAAAGUGGUAGCUGCUGGUAGCAAAACUCCAAAGAAAAAGACCAAAGAAAAGAAAGCCAGUCCUUCCAAAACUAAAACUCCGUCACCCAAAACAAAGAAAUCUACCUCUGAUACCAGUAACAAUGUAACACCAGAUAAGAAUUUUUCUGUGGACAAUAAACCUGUGAAGAAGGCCUAUGUUGUGUUUGUUGGUAACCUACCUUACAAUGUUACAAAAGAACAGCUAGAGGAACACUUCCGUAAAACAGGAGGAGUCAAAAAAGUUCGAAUUCCUACAGAACGUGGCACAAACAAGCCUCGAGGAUUUGCUUACAUUGAAUUCAAAGACAGAAUUAGUCACAAGAUUGGUUUGCGUCUGCAUCAUACUCAUCUGAAUGGGAGACAAAUAAAUGUCGAAUUCACUUCAAUAGGUGGAAACAAUCCAAGAAGACGAGAAAAAUUGCAACAGAAAAAUUUGAAAUUAAGCAAAAUGAAAAGAGAAUUUCCAAAAGGUGAAUCUGCUUGGAAAUAAUUUCCAUCAUUUCAUCCUAAGGAAGGAAGUAAAACUUGAUUUGACAGUUUAGGAAACCACCAGCAGCACCACCACCACUAUCACUUUAAUAACAAAUAAGUGACACAAGUUAAGAGCUACCAGAGCAGCUAUCAAUCACUUACCACAGUUGCUUUGUUAACAGACAGUGGAAAUUUACAUAAAUUUUUGUCAUUCAUUUGUCUGUAGCUCUGUGAAAAUAUCCUGUGUCUAUCUUGAUUUCAAGAAAAAAAAAUUGUUUAGUGCUUUUACAAGAGAGCUAUUUUAUUUCAGGUUAAUUAUUCUUUAGAAUGAAUAGUGAAUUCUAAUAAUCUAGCCAAAUAGUUUUCUUCCAGGAUUCAUGUUCUUCCAUUUAGACUAUUGGGAUAAGUAUAUUUUUUCUAGAAGCUAAAAUGUUUUGGCUACCUUGCUAGGCAUGAUUUCAGAAUUACUAAUUAAAAUACAAACACUUCAGACUACUUGAAAUAUUUGAAGCUACAAAGCAAAGGUUUCCAAGUUUUAAAACUUAAUUUUCUUUAAAUUUCCAAAAGUUUUCAACAAAAAGUUUGGUUAGAUUUUUAAAUAUUGUUUGUAGGCUACACAAAGCUUUAAAACACAAUUCACUUAUUUCUUCAUCAGAUAUUUCAUAUAGCUCUCUAUUCUUCCUCUCACAUCUGAACUAAAUUCUUCUUUUGAGUUUGAAUUUAAAGACCCUAUAUUUGUGGGAUAGGGCUUCACUGCUGUAUGCUGUUUCUGGAUCUUUCCCCAUUUAAUAAAUUUAUGGCCAAGCUAAGAGGAAAAUUCCAAACUCCAUACAUCAAUCAUUUACUUUCUUUGCAAUUGUGACUGAACCCAAUCAUAAAAUAUGGAUACUCUGUUUCUAUUGCAGGAAUUCACUGAAUUAUUUAUUUAUUUAUUUAUAAAAUAACAUGCCAGACUUUCUGUUUUCUCUACCAUUGAUAUGAAAUGAGGAAGCGUAUGAUUUUAUUGCAGUGAAUGUCCCAUUAAUAGCAUUUCACAUUUCAGUUCCAGAGCAACUGUGCAGCCCCUUACACAUGUAAAACAGUUGCAUAAGAGGAGAUUCAGGUUAAACAAAACUAGCGCAUUUUGUUGUUAAUGUCAAAAACAUUUCUUGUUAUUUGGGCAACAAUUCUUUUGCUCAUAUACUUUGUAUGAGUCUUAAUUUUUUUGUUACAUGUCUUUUAACCUUAUUUCCUAAUUGUCCAUUUUAUAUUCAUUAAUCGGGACUUCCAUGUACCAACAGAGGCCUUUAAAAUAAAAAAAAAAAAGAAAGCAACAUAAGUAUUACAUGCUUCCGGUAUGGAAACAGAAUUUAUUCAUUGCUACAUAUCUGGAUGUUUUGUCUUUUGUUUUUUAAAAGAUUUGUUUUCAAUCAAUCAAUCAUUAGAUAAACAGUUUUAGUCAAACAUUAGGCAUUUAUUUUUCUAAUACUGGAACCAAUUUCAAUUAGAAAGCUAACAUAUGCUCCCAUCUUAAUUUUUAUAUCCCAAUAAAUCUGAAUGAAUGGUGCCUAUGACCCAGACAUCACAGACUCUCUGUUAAGCUGUCAUAUAAAACUUUCUCUUCUCUCCAAAUUUAUUUAUUAAAAAUUCAAAUAAUAUAUUUUCAUUUCAUUUUAAAUUAUAAGUUUUCUUUAAUAAAAAAAGUGUUGUUAGUUUAGUAUGUUAUUUGUUGGUCAGCAACAAAGCUUUAAAUAAAAUUUUUUAAAAAUGAAUUUAUAAAAAUGUAACUCAGCUUGUAAUCUCUUGUUAAGGAAAUUCUGGUAUUUACCCAACGACCAAAUUACCUCCCUUCAUUUUCUUGAACA